AUGUCCAAUUACCCAGGUGAACACGAUAACAUACCCAAGAGGAUAUUGGACUCUCUACAAGGCCAACCACUCAACCAUUUGGUUCCGAAAUGCGGAUUGACGUCGCUUCUGAGCUCCUCUGUGUCUCUGUCACUGGUCACACCAAAUACAAGUUUGGCCUUGGAUCCUGAGAACAACUUAAACAAGAGUCCAAAGAAACUGGAUGACCAUCAUUUGAGGAGCUUUUAUGCCUCGGAUUCGCAUGACCUCGAUGAUCACCUGCAGUUAUCUUUUAAGAGACCCAAAAAUCUGGGAUCGCGGGCGGAUAAUGAUGACUUUGCUGAUAAAAUACAGGAGAAACUGUCUCCGCUGGCUAAAAGGUGUAUAAACAUUGCCGACCCAUCGGUUAAAAGUUCACAUAUAAUUACAGAACUUAGAGAAACGAGACAUCAACGAAAGCGCAAAAUGGAGGAAAUGUCGAACACCAGUCUAGAUUUGAGCAAUAGUACCAAUGAGACACAUAAGGUAACCAAGGUCAGCACUGGAGUGCAAAUGAGUCAACUGACACUCGGGAAACAGUAUCUAAAUGAUCUCGAUACAAUACUGCGAGAGCUUUCUGAGCAAGACCAAGACAACAUAGAGCAUUGGUAUACGGUAGAACAAAGACAAAUAGUGUCCGUUACUGAGGCAGUCCUACAAAGGUUACAGAUAACGAUCAAAAAUAUUCUGAGCAUAGCAGCGAUUUGGAAGGAGGUUCCACUAUCCCAUCUUACGCGUAUCCUAGAUUUAAUGGCUGAAAACAUCGUUCUCUCCAAGCAGUACAUCGACAAUAUCUCCGAUUUCGAAAUGUUGAAAAGAAUUGCUCACGCGUCAGUUUUCAUUAUAUUCUCAGUUUUCUUGCUUAAUCGAGACUCCAAGGAAAUCUACUUAGAACGGUACAUCUUGGAGCCAUUCACUUUUCUGACAGAGUUUUUUGAAGAUAUGAAAACUUCAGACCCAUCUCCAGAGAUGAUGAAAACUGAUAUGCAGCUGCUACAUCAUUCUAUUCAAUUAUUCCCAGCUUAUAUUCGUCACCAACCCUAUCUGGAUGUAAGGCUUUUGACCAAAUUGAUAUACUUAUUCACUGAUAUCAUUAUGAGUAGUAACAUUGACAUAUCCAUGGACCCAACAUUGCAUCAUACAUGGGAAAAUAUAAAGGCUAUCAGUUCGGAUGUCCUCAUUUCUAUUUUUGAUAAAAUUCCAGCACAGCGAAUGUUCAUCAUCGACGAAAUGCUAGCUAACAUAGACAAAUUACCCACAAGAAGAUUACAAAAGAAAUUACAAAAAGUGAGCAAUGACAUAUAUGCAACACACUUUACAACGACCCUGAUUUUAAUGCUGGAACAUAUAAAUUGCUAUUCGGAACUUGCAAAAGUAGGUGAUCCCAACAGAACUGUUCUUGGUAGCAUAAGGGCAGAACAAAUAAAACAAAAGGAAGAGGUACAAAGCUUCCUCGAGCACAUCAACAAUACUCUUUUUGGCCGCUUCUUAGAGAAUACAACCCAGUAUCGACAUAUGCUAGAGAACUACAUCCAAGAUCUUAUUGGUUUAGUUGUAUUACCCACAUGGCCGUUAAGUGUUGGUCUGUUAACGUCGUUGUGGAAGAAAUUGUUUUCAAUCUUAAGUCCUCAAAGUGCGAAGCCGGCUGCCGUUGAAGCAAUUUGUUUACAGCUGUUAGGAUCCAUCGGGGCUGUGAUCUUUGAGAUUAAAUCUCAGACAAGACCGAACGAGGAUAACAACUUGAUAAAAUUGUGCAACUACCCUGAUUUCAUCCCCCAAUUUAUGGAAUCGUUUGAAAGGUGCGUUUCAUUUACCAUUACUAAUAUGCCUGUUCAAGAAGUCACAAAAUACCUCAGAUCAGCUGAGUUCUUUUACUUGUCUGAACUACAGAAUGCUAUAAGCGAUUCGGACGAGAAGGAUGACAUCAUUUCAAGGUCUAUGGAUAGUUUUUUUGCAAAGAUCGACAUGACCGGUAGCAUAACCCUUGAAAACCUGAAACUACAGGACAUAACACAAGAUUACUAUUCGAUUCUCCAUUCAUCGGAACUAAUAUCGUUUUACGAGCCGUUUUUAAAUCUCGUUCUCUCAGUGUUGCAAAAGAACAAAAUCAAGCUUAGAUCAACAGCGAUAAAGUGUCUCUCGAUGUUAGCUUCCAAAAAUGAAAGCGUUUUAUCCAGUCCGCUUGUGAAAUUGACCAUUGUUGAACAAUUGGGUAACUCUUCUGCCGCAUCGGUCAAGGAUGCCAUAUUGGACCUCGUGAGCAUCGGUUCCUCCUACAUCAUGUAUUACAAAGAGAUUAACGUCAAUUAUGAUGAUGACAGCUUAUUGGUGAGAAGACAUAUACUCAAGAUAAACGAGAUGAUAUAUGAUGAAACUGAUGACAGGAGCAUCAAAUCAUUUGUGGCCUCCCGGAUAUUGUUAAAAAAUGAGGAUGAAGAAGACGCCAUUAUUGACUCUUCUAGGCAGGCCCUUUCAAAACGGUGGAUCUUCGCGCUAUCAGAUGAAACAUCUGUAGGAGCGAAAAAGCAGACAAUGGCUAGAAAUAUUAUAAAGAUAAUGUCUGAUGUGAUACUAAUGGAUGGGAAAUGCAACGAAGUUUUUCAGUGGUAUCUGAAUUUUUACCUGCUUAAUAAAGACCUUCACAUAGAUGCUGAUUAUAAGACCAUUACAGAAAAUUUGAAUUUCCUCACCGAUGAACUUGUUCAAAUUAUCAUUGAGGUGCAAUCGAAUGAUUCCUCAAGCAAAAAUUUGAUGCAAGAAAGGCACCAUUACCUUACACUUUUGACAAUAUUUGCAGACUCAGUCCUUUCUUUUAUCUCCAAGGACCACAUCUCAGGCCUGUAUCCAUACAUGGUCUCCGAUGACAAGUCUGACCUACAGUACUAUAUCUUGCAUGUUUUCAACAAAACGUUACAGAAGGUGUCAAAUUUUAAGCCGAACUUUCUCUACGACGUGGAGACCACUUUAUUGAGCAGACUUCCAAAGAUGAACGCACGUGAACUGGACGAAGCCAUACCGUUGGCGUGGUCUGUUGCAUCUCAAAAAAAGGAUAAGGUCAGGAUAGCUAAGGCAUGUUCAUCGUGUUUGUUGCAUUUGAACCCUUACCUAGCCAAAGCAACAAAAGAGUGUGAAUCUUUUAAAACAGAUAGCAAACUACAGCGGCUGAUAUAUCUUGCUAGUGGUUUUGCAAGAUUUUGUAACUUUGACUCAAAUAUUGAUAACUUGACUUUCAUUCAUGAUGGUGAAUCACUGCAUGAAUAUGUGGCUAAGUGUUUAUUAGUGCUGUCCAGGACCAAUAUAGCGCACGUUAUUCGUAGGAUAUCAAUAAAAAACCUAACAAAGCUGUGUGGUAACCACCCAAAACUGUUCAAUUCUAAGCACAUCUUAAAAUUAUUAGAUGAAGAAUUUGAAGGCUCUCAUUUGGAUAUCAAACUCGUCAUAUUGGAAAGUUUAUAUGAUUUUUUCAUGGUGGAAGAACAAAAAUCUGUCCGGCAGACGGGGAUCGGCGCCAGUAUCUCUUCGAGUAGUAAGCUAAAAAAGAAGAUUUUGAAAUACAAAAAAAGUGACUCGAUCAAUGACGGGAUCUGUUCCGCCUUAGUUACCAGAUUCCUAAACCACAUUUUGAACAUCUGUAGGCUACCUGACUUCAAAAGUUCUCUCAUAGGCAUAAGGUUAAUGAAUUUAAUACUAAAAUGCAAUUACGUCAACCCAUCUCAUUGCAUCCCUACUGUGAUCGCAUUACUUUCAUCACCAGAGCACUAUAUUAGGAAUAUUGCAAAAGGUACUUUAGAUGAGCUUGCAGAAAAACAUGAAACGCUGGUGUUAAACGGCGUCUCGAAGGGGAUACAAAUGGCUAUAGAAUACACAAAAGGAUUGGACGCUAUGACAUAUUACCGAAACGAUUUCUUUUUGCAAUCUUUACAAGAUGUAAUUGCCACGGACAAAAAAAGAAGCGCCAGUUUUUUCCGCUAUCUGGACAAAAUUAUCACGGGUCUUAUGACUAACGUUAUUGAAGUUGAGUCGAGCUCAAAACAGUUGGUUUCGAUCUUGUUCAUUUCCAGUAAUCUCGUUAAUGUGUCUUUCAACUCGCAAUACGAGUUUUUCAGGUUGACAAAAACGAUUGAUUUUACCGCGGAGCAACUUCGCGACUCAAUUUUGGAUGUGCUAAGAGAAACAGAUGAAGCACGAUGGUACUUGGACAACCUAAGAAAAGCGAUCGUUAUACAGCAGGUUAUUGAGAAAUUGGAAUCUUAUCUACUCGCCGUCUUUGGUUUUAGAAAUGAAAACGUACACUCCAACAUGGCGGAGAACGCAGAGCUAAAAGGCAAGGCAAUGCCCAUGAAAAAAAAUAUCAAAGCUCAAUUCGUUCAAAUUAUAGCAGAAAUAAUAUCAGCUGCUAAUCAGUCAUCCAUUUUUAAUGACUAUUUGAAGAGACAGCAAUAUGUUGAUUGA